AUGUCCAGGAAUGCAGAUCACGAGUCCGAGGCCAAUCAGGGAUCGUUGAGAUUCCCGCCGAGCUCAUACGAUUAUGGUCACCUGAGUGGAGGAAAUCCGAUCGAGGAGGAGAGUUGGGGCCGACAAAGAUCAUCGUCAUUCUCCCGUCUCCGACAAGCAGGUGGCCCGAACAGUAUCGACAAUUUCGCUCGCUCAUGGCAAAGAGCAGCUUGUUUCCCACAGGUCCUCCCCCGACGCGCUUCCUUCGUCUCGGCCGAUUCUGACGAUGAGUUCGACAUUGCAACGGGGGGUAAUUAUGGUCCCAGGUCGGAUGGAGAUCGCCCUCUCCUCUCAGAGGAUGAAGAGGAUGACGAAGAGCAGGAGGAGCAUGAUUCCAUGGCGCAUGUCCACACAAGCCCUAGAAGAGCCCUUCCGACCACCGGUCUGCUUGCCUCAUCCCUGGAUAGAAGUAUUGCCACCUCAUACGGUACCAUCUCAUCGCGGGUGAGCGAGUCGACCAGGCGGCAUGCCAUUCAGUUUCAUCGCGAACACCUGGCCCGUGGAGAUGGCCCGGUAGACCCUGGUCGAGAACCUCUACUUCUCAAGCACGUUGAGCAUGAAGAUGGUAUACACGAAGAAAUUGUCAUUGGCCAAUCGACCGUGCCGCAGACUAUCUUUAACUCGGUCAACGUACUGAUUGGAAUUGGACUGCUGAGUCUUCCAUUGGCCAUGAAAUACGCUGGAUGGCUGCUUGGUCUGCUGUUCCUUGUUUACUCUGCCGUGACAACUUCCUACACUGCCAAGAUCUUGGCCAAGUGCCUUGACGUGGAUCGGUCUCUGGUCACCUAUGCCGAUUUAGCCUAUAUUAGCUUUGGGCAGAAUGCUCGACUCAUCACCAGUUUCCUCUUCUGCUUGGAGCUGCUAGGAGCUUGUGUGGCCCUGGUGGUGCUGUUUGCGGAUAGCUUAUACGCCUUGGUCCCUGGUCUCAGUAUUCUUCAAUGGAAGAUGGUAUGUGGCCUGGUCUUGGUUCCUCUGAACUUUUUGCCCUUGCGAUUCCUCAGCGUUACUAGCAUUCUGGGAAUUAUAUCAUGCACCUCAAUUGUGAUCCUCAUCUGCGUGGAUGGCUUGAUCAAGCCUGAUUCCCCUGGCUCUCUACAGCAGCCAGCGAGCACAUUUCUCUUCCCCGAAAACUGGGCCACUCUACCACUCAGUUUUGGUCUCAUCAUGUCGCCUUGGGGUGGACACGGUGUUUUCCCUAAUAUCUAUCGAGAUAUGAGACAUCCUAAGAAAUACGGGAAGAGUCUCUGGGCCACAUAUCUAUUUACGGGAUCGCUGGAUUGUUCAAUGGCAAUCAUCGGCUGGCUCAUGUUUGGUGACAUCGUUCGGGAUGAAGUCACAGCGAACAUUCUCAGUGAAGAUGCAUACCCCAAAGCCUUGUCUGUUUGUAUUAUCAUUUUUGUUUCUAUCAUCCCGUUAAGCAAGGUGCCAUUGAACGCCCGGCCCCUGGUGGCUACAUUCGAAGUUAUCUGUGGAGUUGGCGUGGGAGCCACAUCCAGCCGCAGAGAGGGAACACAGGACUUAAUUCGAGCCUUGGUUCGUGUCUUCACCGUGGCUCUCAUUGUCGUCCUCUCAGUCAUCUUUCCGGCAUUUGACAGAAUCAUGGCCUUCCUAGGCUCCUUCCUGUGCUUUUCCAUCUGCAUCAUUUUCCCUCUCGCAUUUUAUCUGAAGAUCUUCGGCAAGGAAAUUAGUCCCCGUGAGAGGAUCUUGGACUGGUUCCUGCUCAUCACGUCGACAAUUAUGGCUGCGGUGGGAACUGUGUGGGUAUUUUUGCCCCACGAGAUGAUCUCUGGACCUUGA